CAUGCAGAGAAGCAAGUGUCCUGAAUGCAAAACUGUGAUUGGUGGAGCAAAUCACAGACUGGAGGAGGGAAAUGAGCUGGCUCCUGAGAUGGAUGGUGCAAGCCAUCCAGCUUGGUCUGAACAGGCAAACUUACAAAAUUACAUCAUUGUAGAUGAAGCAUAAAACUAAGGAGAGUUUAAGUAGAAAUUUAGGCACUAAAUCUGUCAUUAAUGGGCUCUCUGUUCCACAUCAACAGCAUUGUUGGCUCAUAGCUAGUCUUGCCAACUCGCAGCUAUGAGUGUUCGAUAGGUCAGGGUCAAUUUCUAACUACAAUGAAUAUUGACAAAGCUCCGAGUGGUUUCCCAUACAGGCUUACAUGAGAUCAUGCUCUGUCCCAGCACUGCUCUCUUCCAAGCCCCAUUUAGUAAAAUCCGGUCGUUUCUGGCCCUGUCUCAGCUGUGAACUACUUGUAAAGCUAAGUUGUUCUUUGCUUCUCUCUCUCCUGCCCUCGACUGGCAGCUUUGUUCCUCUGCCCUCUUCUAUACCGUAUUGUUGUUGCAACUACCCUUCAUCAGAAGGUAGAUCACUUUUCGCUAAUGUAACUUUUUAUCUGCAUCUCAGUUGCUAUUCGUUACUUUCAGCUUAUUAUAGUUGCCUUGUAAAUAAAGCUCUGGUGCCAGGGAAGAGCCACGCAGGCUGCACUUUGCCCCACAGUAAGUGCAAUGGCCACCCUUGGCAAUAUACCCAGUAUCAGGGGUGGGGCAGGGACCAGUGUUCCCCCCUUAAGCAUAGUCAAGUUGCUACGCUAUAGUUUCAAGGAUUCAAGUUUAAUUUUGCCUUCCCCUCCCCCUGCCUGGGUGGGAUACAGACUUCAGUUCUCUUAACGUACAGAGUAACAGAGCCUCGUUAACUGGCAAAUUAAUUUUAAAUUUGUAUUGUUACUUUCGAAGUAAGAGCGAUUUUUGCAGGAUCUUUUUAGAGUUCUAAUAAACAAGGAACAGUCAAAGCUCUUAGAAACGCCUUGCGCCGCAAAUUUUUAUUGGAACGGCUUCUACCACAUUUUAACCCUUAGAUAAUUUAAUUUUAUUUUAAUUCGUAGUAUGUAGGCAUAAUAUAGUAUUUCAUGGUUUUAUCAUGUAUGCUGCAUAUCCAUUUUGAUGUUAUAGCCAUAUUUUAGUAAAUAAUAUUUUGGAUUGAGGGCCACAAGUUUAUUAGUGUUGUAUACUAUUAGGAUCCUAUUAGGUGCUACCCUCAGUAAAUAAAAUGACUACUUAAUUAGUUACUAGUUAUCCAGAAUUUUGAAGUUUAGGUAGUCGAUCAGCAGAAGUAAAAAGUGAACUUCUUCCGAUUUACACAUAAUUAUUACACAACUAAGUUAGUUCAGAGAGCCAAUAACUAAAAUAAACCGAUCAGAUCAAUCCACUACUUCCUCAGUAUUGACCGGGCACUGUCCUGAAUAUUCCAGCAAGAUCACACUUGAAGAUUUUCUGGUAGUUUCAGUCGUGUAAUAAAUCUCGUAUUGACCAAGCUUGGUCGGGACAGUACUGUGAGAAUAUCGGCCGUCGGUCUUUUUUGUAUGGACCUCGCUGCACUCGGUCCUGCACAGUAAAGACCUCAGGCCGAUAUUCUCCCAGUGCAGCCCUUGUCCCGCAAAGUAAAGUAUCAAAGUGUUGACCAAAACAAUUUUUCAUUGCUUUAUAGGUAAACUGAGAAACGGAAUACUUCACAUUGCAAAGUCAACUGACUCCCCUGAUUCCUACGUCGAAAAUAUACUCUAAGCUCUAUUAUCUUUAGUGUUAUAAGUUAUUUUUAGAUAUUGAUAAAUUGUCAUUGCAUAAUUUGAUCUAUAAUUUCUGCAUAUACUGAACAAGUAAAAAUAAUUAAAUACCUCGCGGAGAUGAACGAAAUUCUAAUUGUACAUUUUGAUUGAGCCUUCAUUACGAGUAACUAAUGUGCCAGCCUGCGAGCCAGCGACACAGAGCUGCGCCGGAGGGGGGUGGGAGGGUGGUGCUCUAGAAAGUUUUAUAUGGGGAGGCUCUGCCUCGAGGUCCAACUCCUUAACCUUUUCUAUACCAUUUUGACAGAAAAGCUACCCCUAAGUAUACCAUUUGUUGAUAAAGGGCUGGGUACUCUUUCACAUACCUAAGAGCACUGCAUCACUUUUCUAAACCCUUGGAACGAAGUUAAUGAACAAUAUUACGGGAUUUCAUCAAGAAUUACCAGAAGAGAUGUUAACCAAAAAUCAAGUAUUAUUUGUUCAUUUCAUGUUGUUGCGGGAGAUAUUCCGACUUCCCUACCCUUUCAUAUACCUCAGCUUGUGAAAUCCCUACCCUUCAAUAUACCUAAAGCCUGAAAAAGGGACACCUUUCGUACGGAGCCUAUUAUGGGGAGUAGNCCCCCCCCCUCCAAUUUUGUUGUUUUACAUUUUUGGCAGGUUUUUUUUUUAGCUAUGUACAAAAGUAUUUUCUCUAUUAGAUAAGCACUUGGACAAUUGUUAGCUGGCUAUCAUUAUCAAGAUGGCAAGGUUGUGAUCGGAUCGAUAGAAGCCGAUUGAGAGUAUUAAAUUUGCACAGUCUUAAAGCAAUCUAUGUUAGAUAGAUCUUUUCCUGUUAAGUUAAUGACAGACAAUUCUUAAAAUAAAAUACAUGUACCUAAACUUUUUAUUCAGUAAAUGCUACAUUUUGCAGGACAAUAAGCAAAAUACUUUUGAAAUUGCGUGCAUGUAAUUUUUCCGUCUGUAAAUUUAAUUCCAUCGCCGGAGCGGAUUUUGCAGGUCAGAUUAUAGUUUCUGGUAAUUUCAGAUAUGAAUGAAAUGUUCUGUUUUUCUCGUAAAUUUUCGUAUCUAAUGUUUGAUUAGUAAAAUUGAAAUCUAGAACCACCACGAAAGAUUCAUUAACUGUAUUUAUUUUAUCUAUUGGCUGCCGGUGUCUGUUGUUUUUUUCCUCGGGCAACCAGGCUUUUAACUUUAAUAAAAUUUGUGGGCGACCGCUCAUUUCGAACAA